AUGGAAAGUACACCAAUGCUAUCUAGCAAAUUUCUCCACCUCAAGUACUUGCAUAUUUCUCUAAUCGGAAAACAAGCUAUUUCACCAGCUUAUGAUUACCUUUCUCUGGUUUCUUUUCUUGAAGCUUCUCCUUGCCUGGAGACUUUCAUCUUUGAGGUACAGCAGCCUGACAUGAAGCAUGAUUCUAUUAUCGGGGAUUCCUCGCCACUGAGACGGCUACCACAACACAGCCACAACAACCUAAAGAGUGUGACGAUCAUCGGCUUCUGCUCGGCGAAGAGCUUGGUCGAGUUGGCAUGCCACAUUAUUGAGAACGCGACAUCGCUUGAGCGCCUCACUUUGGACACCUCCCAUGGCUGUCGGAGUCCUGGUGGGCGUAGCGUCGAUAAAUCUGACAGAUGGUACUAUACAGUGAGUGGUAGCCUCAUGGUGGCCCCACCUGACAGGUGCCUCCCUAUGUGGGGUCGUGGCAUCGAGGAGUCUCUCAGGGCGCGUUCCGCAAUCAGAAAACACAUUGAGUGGAAACUUCCCUUCGGAGUCGUGUUUAAAAUCGUCAUGCCCUGCAGUCGGUGCUUGAUGCCGAACUUUUAG